CAGUUGCAGCCGGCUGUGAGAGGUCGUUCGUUUUGCUGUACCGAAAUCCUGGGAAAGCGAAAUGGAGGGUUUUGUGUCUAACCUAAUGGUCUGCAAUCUGGCCUACAGCGGAAAGCUAGAGGAGUUGAAAAAGGAGAUCCUGGCCGAUAAAUCCCUGGCUACUAGAACUGACCAGGACAGCAGAACUGCAUUGCAUUGGGCAUGCUCGGCCGGACAUACAGAGAUUGUUGAAUUCUUGCUGCAACUUGGGGUGCCAGUGAAUGAUAAAGAUGAUGCCGGUUGGUCUCCCCUUCAUAUUGCUGCUUCUGCUGGCCGGGAUGAGAUUGUAAAAGCCCUUCUGGGAAGAGGUGCUCAAGUGAAUGCUGUCAAUCAAAAUGGCUGUACUCCCCUACAUUAUGCAGCUUCCAAAAACAGGCAUGAGAUCGCUGUUAUGUUACUGGAAGGCGGGGCUAAUCCAGAUGCUAAGGACCAUUAUGAGGCUACAGCAAUGCACCGGGCAGCAGCCAAGGGUAACUUGAAGAUGAUUCAUAUCCUUCUGUACUACAAAGCAUCCACAAACAUCCAAGACACUGAGGGUAACACUCCUCUGCACUUAGCCUGUGAUGAGGAGAGAGUGGAAGAAGCAAAACUGCUGGUGUCCCAGGGAGCAAGUAUUUACAUUGAGAAUAAAGAAGAAAAGACACCCCUGCAAGUGGCCAAAGGUGGUCUGGGUUUAACACUCAAGGGAAUGGUGGAAGGUUAAGCAGCUUGGAUUAAUUUUUACUUCAUAUAUUUUGUUGUUGUCCUUAGUGUCCUGGAAACAAAUGUAAUUGUACAUAAGACAUCAUCUAUUAAUAUGAAGGUAUUUUUCACCUUCAAAGUAUUAUAAACACUUUGACUAUUGUUUCUGCUGAGAUAUUUGUUCUAAGCUUACAAUUUGCUUCCCAGGCAUUGAAUAAUGUUGAGAUUGUUCUACUGUUGUAUAUUCUAUAUAGAAUUUUCGUUAAUUUUGAGUAAGUAAUUCUGUGGUUUUUUGUGAGACUUUAGCGCUCUCCCAUGUACCCUGUGUCCUUCUCUGAGGAAGAAUAACCCCAUAGCCUCAGGCCAGUUCUGCCAAAUGUUUUUAGGUAAAUUCUAGAAUGUUCCUUUUGUAUAAUUGAAACACAUCCUAACUUGUUUCUUAAGCUCACUCAGGCCUAUACCAAAAAUUUCUGUUUUUUCAACAGUAUGUUUAAUUUGUUUUUGUUACAGGAGUAAUACUUAUAUAUUUUAGAGGACCAAAUUCUCAGUUGCAAAGCCUGCUAUUCCAAGAUUGGCAUUCAAAAGCACUAAAAUAAUGACAAGUUAUACCCUAUGUACCCAUGUAUCUUUUUAAUAAGAUAUUUUCUUCGAUAAAGUGUCAUUUUUAAAAAGGAAGUUUUGAAGUACUUGUAUUGUCAUCCUGUAUUAAAAAGAAUAUAAAGCUUGUUAACAUGCUAUGUUAUAAAAAUGUAAUUCGAUUUGUAUUUCAGAAACUAAAAAAAUAAAGUGUAGAGAGAGAAAUUCUGCCCUUUUUUCUUUCAAGUCAGUUAAAAACCCACAAAAGACUGAAAGCCCUUCCUAAAGAUAUUUCUCACAUUUUGGAAGUUCUAAAGCCAAUAUAAUUAAUGAAGUUUGGACUGAAGGUAAAAUCUUUUAAAAAUACUAAUUUUAUGAAUUGCUAAUUAAGUGUGAGCCAAAGGAAAU